CUACCAGUAGGGGGUUUUUGAAAAUUUUCCAAUGAUUAAGAAUUUGGGUUAUGUUCAUUUUGAGUUUUGAGUCACUGAUAUUAGUUUAUUUGAGAUAUGGGCAUGGUGUUUUGAGCUUACUUGUAGAACAAUUGAUGGUGGGGGCCCGGGGGCUUUAUUUUUUGUGGAUGAUUUGAAGUGAAAUCUUGAAACUUUCUUUCUUUUUCCCAUUGUAUUAUGCAAUAUGCGAUACAUAAGCCUAUGGGUGGAAUUCUUUAAUAUCAAUUUGGGAAAACAAGUGACGCUUACUUUUCUAAUGCUCUUGACUUUACUCAGUUGCAUGACCUGUUCAAAGGAACCAAUAAGUGGUUUACCACUACCUUUUGGCUUAUCUUCUAAUAUCUAUCGAUCAUAUUCUGCGGUGGGACCAAAUAUUUGAUAGCUAUCGUUUUUCAUCCAAAUCAAAAAUACGAAGUAUUCACUGAAAUCAUUAGAUAAAUUGUUAAAAAUAUCUUUAGUUUGACUUAACUUUUGCUUAUUCAAUUAUUUCAACUCCUUGCAACUGCGGCAAAAGGUUGUUCCAGACCUAAAUUUUGAUUUAUUCGAUUUCUUUUCUGGACAUCAACAGUGAUUUUUGUUGAUAACUCAGAAUGGGUCAAGCCUUAGGUUGCAUUCAAGUCGACCAGUCAACUGUAGCAAUCAGAGAAACGUUUGGGAAAUUUGACGAUGUGCUUCAACCUGGUUGCCAUUGUCUACCAUGGUGCCUUGGGAGCCAGAUAGCUGGUCAUCUUUCUUUACGUCUCCAGCAGCUUGAUGUUCGCUGUGAGACAAAGACAAAGGACAAUGUUUUUGUCACUGUCGUUGCCUCUAUUCAAUACCGAGCCCUAGCAGACAAGGCUUCAGAUGCUUUUUAUAAGCUUAGUAAUACAAGAGAACAGAUCCAGGCAUACGUUUUUGAUGUUAUUAGGGCAAGUGUUCCAAAGUUGGACCUAGAUUCUACUUUCGAACAGAAGAAUGAUAUUGCAAAGGCCGUCGAAGAUGAGCUGGAGAAGGCCAUGUCAGCUUAUGGAUACGAGAUAGUUCAAACUCUAAUUGUGGACAUUGAGCCAGAUGAGCAUGUAAAGCGAGCAAUGAAUGAAAUAAAUGCAGCUGCGAGACUGAGAGUUGCUGCAACUGAGAAAGCUGAGGCAGAGAAGAUAUUGCAGAUUAAGAGAGCUGAAGGAGAUGCCGAAUCCAAGUAUCUGGCCGGGCUUGGUAUUGCACGGCAGCGUCAAGCCAUUGUUGACGGGCUCAGAGACAGUGUACUAGCAUUUGCUGAAAACGUCCCUGGAACGACGUCUAAGGAUGUCAUGGACAUGGUUCUUGUGACUCAAUACUUCGACACGAUGAAGGAGAUUGGAGCGUCAUCAAAGUCUAAUUCUGUGUUCAUUCCACAUGGACCUGGUGCAGUUAAAGAUAUUGCUUCACAGAUCAGGGAUGGUCUUCUUCAAGCAAGCCAAACUCAGUAGAUGGGUCAAGAUUGAAGAUACUUGUGAAGAUGGUAUAUAUAUUAAGUGUGUAGAAUAUGAUAUUUGUUUGUGUAUGGGUUUGGUUGUUUUGUUUAAUUUGCAAAUUUAUGUUCUGUGUUACGACUGAUACAUAUAGUUAUCUUUUAAAUGAAUAGUGCUCUAAAUAAAUAGUCACUCUCUUAAUCAAGUGAUUUUAAUAAUAAGCCUUUCUUAAAUUUCAAA